CUGCGUCACUUCCUCUUUCCACAGACAGGAGGGUGGGGACAAACAGCUGGUAAGCGAUGCCGUGAUCCGACCGCCGAUCGGGCUGUUUUUCACACCAAUAAACGCCUUUCCCGGAGCCACUACAGGAAAUGACUGCGAGGCCUUAUAGAUAGUUCGUGCUUUUGUUGCUGUGGCCUGCGUUUUCUGAGACAUCCCUAUCUGGAAGCACAUUUGUUUCCGUUGUGAGUAUUAACUACCUCAGGCACUGGAAACUGAUCAAGAGGGAGCCUGGUGAUCUCUCCCGGCAGCUGCGUCUGUUCAACUGGCCCCCGCUCGACCCCUGACCAGCUGUACGGCGCUCACAACCCUUCUGACCGACUGGAUCCGUCAGAGCGGCGCAGGCCCGCAACGUGCCAAGGCGACAUCACCCUGUAGCUCACACCAAUCCUGCCACUGUUUUUCCUCUUCUGAAAAUUCAUAGCCUUUUGCUGAGAGAUUUUUAAGAUUUUUCUAUUUUUAUUAGAGGCCUACGGAAAGAGCUCGGAGAGGAGGGUUUUUCGCUUCCAUUUGAAGGAUUGAUUACGCACUUUGGAUUUUCGUCCAGGAUUGAAGCUAGAUCGUUUUUUUCCCCGAGAGGCACCCGUGAACCAGUUCUAAGGGAAAAUAACUUUCACUGGGAUAUUUUGUUGGGGGUUUUUUUUGCAAACGUUUUCAUGUGAGCUACGUUCGGAGUUGCAGCUGGGCUGCAAGAUUUCCUCGAACCUUCCUUCGCGCCACUCUCUCCAUCUUUUCACAGCGGGUUACUGUCAUGACUGCCCCUCUAAUGGGAUCUUUAAGCUAUCUAUUUACUUGAUUCAAGGAGACCCAGAUUAGGCAUCCAGAACUCAUUCGAAGGUGAAGUCGAGAGGACCGAUACUUCCUGGGUGCAUUGAAUACUUAUGUAUUGUUGCAGUGCACAAGAAAGUAAAAUGGACUACAAGCUGCGCUUUUUGCUUGGCGGGUCCAAGCACAAAGUGCAGCAGCAUCAGCAGUUCCAGUUGCCCGAGCUCAGCCGGACCCUCAGCGCCCCGUUGGGCUCUUCUUGUUCCACCCCUUCUCCCAUGGCGACCAUAGGCUCCUCCCCUUCUGGCUGCCACGCCCCGGCCCCCAGCGCCACCACGGCGAUCGCAGACAUCCAGCAGGGCAUCUCCAAAUACCUGGACGCGCUGAAUGCGUUCUGCCGCGCGAGUGCGUUCCUGACCGAGCUCUUCGGCAGCGUUUUCCGGGACUCGCGUUACUCCAAAGCAGCUAUGCAACUGAAGGACGUGCAGGAACAUGUCAUGGAAACGACCAGCCGGCUCACCACAGCAAUAAAGCCCGAGAUCGGCAAAAUGCUGAUGGAGCUCAGCGCAGGCGCGGCUAACUUCAAAGACCAGAACGACUUCAGCCGGCAGGACGUGGAGGUGCUGGGCCGCUGCUUCCUGACGGUGAUGCAGGUGCAUUUCCAGUUCCUGUCACAGGCAUUGCAGAAAGUCCAGCCGGUGGCGCAGUCCUGUCUGGCCGAGGCGCUAGCGCAGGUUCAAGAGAGACACGGAAAUGCCCACACGCAGAACACGAGCCCCGGGCCCCUGACGGAGCUGGAGGAGGCCGUCCGCUCAUGGAAAGGAGCGUCAGAGGUACAAACACCACCAAUCAAUGCACGACCAACCAUUAUUUGUGCGAUUCACCCAUUUAUUGUCUUAAUAAAAAAUAAUAAAAAAAUGUAUUUGCAGGGCUGCUGCAGUGACGCUGAGGCCCAGCAGGCCGGACGCUUUCACACCACGUCUCAGCCCAUCCAGUGUGAAUUACCCACAAUCCCCGUCCAGAUCGGCUCUCAUCUCCUCCGAGGAGUUUCUUUCAACGAAAGCGCAUCAGAUAACCUCAAGCUUAAAAUGCAUGCUGUGCUGCAGCUGAUCAAGGAUGCGGUGGAUCAGAACGGUGUGGCCGUGCGGGACGAUUCCCCCGUCACAGAGGUGCUGAACCAGGUGUGUCCCUCCAGCUGGAGAGGAGCCUGUAAGACGGCCGUUCAGCUGCUGUUUGGACAGGCUGGACUGGUUGUGGUUGACACGGCUCAGAUUGAGAAUAAGGAAGCUUACGCCCCUCAGAUCUCUCUUGAAGGAUCUAAAGUUGUGAUCCAGGUUCCUUCUACAUGGUGUCUGAAGGAGGAUCCAGCGACGAUGUCUCUGCUGCAGCGCAGUCUGGAUCCCGAGAAGACCCUCGGCUUGGUGGACGUGCUUUACACGGCUGUGUUUGACCUCCAGCGCUGGAAGGAGCGCAAGGAACAGAGUUUGCCCACCAUUCAGAUCCAGCUACAACGAGACACGACUGAUUACGGCGGCCCCAUCGAUCUUCCUCCCGGGAACAGCACCAAAUCCUCUGGCGGCCUCCCCAAAACCAUCUCCAAACUCACCUCACGCUUCACCAAGAAAACCUCGUCCAACUCCAGCGCAGGCGGCAGUUACUCCAUCCCCAGCACGCCGUCAAGGAGCAGCGGCAACUCGGACGACAAAUCCGGCCGCCUGCGCAGCCUCCUGCAGAUGAGCAGCAUGCCAUGCACACCUGACCCCAGCCACGCGCAGACCGCCAACGGCGCAUCCGCAGACGAGCAGGGCAUGAACCUGCCCACCGACCAGGAGAUGCAAGACGGCAUCGACUUCCUAUCGGGGUUCAACAUGGGGAAAUCCCAGCAGGCCUCUCCGCUGGUGAAGAGGAGGAACUCUGUGGCGUCUACGAAUGCGGCCGACUUGAAGCCGCCCAGCGGAGCGGCUCCGCUCACCUCGCAGUCUCAAGUGUCUCAAAUGUUGGCGCAAACCUUGAAGCAACAAACACAGCAGCAACAACAGCAGCAGCAGCAGCUUCCGUCAACACCAAAACAGCAGCAAACGCAGCCGCAGUCGCAGCCGACCUCACAGACUCUGCCGUUCUACCAGCAUCUCUUGCAGCCGAUCGGUCAGCCGCAGCAAACGGCACCCGUUUCCCCGCAGCUCUCUACCCAGCAGCCCCCGCAGCCAAGAGCCCCCAGCAAGUGGCCCCAGGGUCCUUUAGGAGGCCUCUCGCCCAUCGGGCCCUUGACGCAGUGGCCCGCCCCUGGCCUGCCGGACCUCAGCUCUGACCUCUACAGUCUGGGGCUGGUCAGUACGUACAUGGACAGCAUGAUGUCUGAGAUGCUCGGCCACAAGCCCCCACAGGGACCACGGAACAACACCUGGCCCAACCGAGACCAAAGUGACCAGAGUCUGUUCGGGGUGUUGGGAGACUCCAUGCCCUUUGACCCUGCAGGUGAGCAGAGACCGGUCAGCUCAGACGGGUUCAUCAUAGGUUUUGUAGUGUUAGAGUAUCAGAGCAGAACUCUGGCGCACAGGGAGGCGGUCAACAGCGGCUGGUCAGCCAAUCAGGGGGAUUCGGCCAGCUCGAGUGACGAGGCGUCCUCAGCCAAUGGGGACAGUCUGUUCUCCAUGUUCUCCGGGCCUGACCUGGUGGCAGCUGUUAAACAAAGACGGAAACACAGCUGUGGCGAACAGGAAGUGUGCACUCUGCCCUCUCCUCCUCUCCACCACACCAGUGACGACAGUAACCAGGACAGCAAAACUAAAACCUGGCCUCCUAAAGCCCCCUGGCAGCACUCCUCACACACCAACACCAUGCCCAAUCCCAGCUCUUCCCUCUACCAGAUGACCAUCCCCUCCAGCCAAUGGGGCGACUCCAUGCAAAUGCUGCAGUCUCCGGUGUGGUCGACAGCCAAUGACUGCCCUCCAUCUUCCGGGAUGUCCUCCGGCUUCCCGUUCACACAACAACAGCAGCAGCAGCAGCAGGUUUCCCAGCACAAGAUCCUGAGCAAAGGCUUCAAAACCUUCCCGCUCAAACCCGAGCAUCGACCCUCGUACCUGCACCAGUACUGAGCUGGACCUGUGCUGGGAGAGGUCGCAGACCCUUUUCGUGUAUUUUGAGUAACGCUCAGGAUGUGAACCCAGAUCAGCUUUUAAAGGCUUUGAGUAGGACGCCACUGAGAAACUUUAUAAAGGGGUUUCGGUUGUGUCGGGGAAGCGGAAGGAUGUUAUUUAAUUAUCCAAACACGGCGUCGUAGAAACCUUGAUCUUGUGGUGUGCUGUGAACCUGAUCUAGACUCCAAACUUGUAAACUAGAAGUGUUUUAUAGGGAAAUUUGCAUUUAACAUAGUGGUCAAAAACAUUUUUGUACACCGAUGCGUGUCAAACAUCCCCGAACAGAACGUUACUGCCUUCCACGCUGUCCAAACGAUGCAUGAUUCAUGUUAACAGCAGCUAGUCGGACCAUUUCACUGGCGGCCGCAUCGGCACGACUGAUGCCUUCAGUCUCGUGGCGGCGUUCGGCUUCGAGUUUACACGACUUUUUCGAUAUGCAUGGCCACCGUGCUCACUCACAGCGCACUAUCGCAGCCGCAUUACGAAGAUCCGGACGUCCUGGUCUGCUAACCGGACGUCCCACAUAACGAUACUGUUUAAAUAGCUGUAACUGCCAAAUGUCACAUGGGACGACCCAGACUGCAGCUCUCAGCUACUGUUCCAUAGCUUGUAAAUGACUCGAAAAAAGAAACGAAAAAGAACUAUAAAUAAUUUACUUUUUACGAAGAGGCUUUGAGCAGGCUCGGCAGAAAUAUAGUAAUCAUAGCAGAGGUGUAAUUUGAAAGAAAUACACUACUUUUUCAACAUCUGAGAGAUAAAAAAAAGAUUAAAAAUACAAAUAAAAAAGGAUGUUAGUAGUAACUUUGUGCCAUGUUGUUUUGAAUAGCACUUGCAGAUAUUUUCUCUAACCAAAGUAUUGUUUAGAGGGGGGAAAUGGUGCUUUAAAAAAAAAAAUGCCGUUUGGGAGCCGUAGUAGUAGUUCUAUCUAGAAAGAAGAGAAACAACUUUUUAGCAAAAACAAACCCUUCUGUACGGUCAAACGCGUUCAUUUUCCCAUUGGCUUUCUUCAGAACGACACUAACACUUCCCAUAAAAAUAACAUGUAUUCCUUUCAAAUACGAUAUAUUUCUUGUACAAAUAUUGACAGUAUUAAUCUUAUUUUUGUAUUUUCUUACACAUUAUACCAUUACUCUAUAAGUUAGCGUAAUAUAGGCUUAUUAUUAAGUAAAACAUUAUUUUCCCAAGAUGUGAAACACAUUUCUUUUCUUUCCUACAGAGUUUAACUAUACCUUCUUUCUACAGAGGUUACCAAAUACGCCAUUAUAAACACUAAUAAAUGGUUCUGGUCGGAUUGGGGUGUUUUUUUUUUUGUGGUUAUUUUGAGGCCAGAUUCCCGUUGGUUUCUGUGGUUUCGGGCCGCAUCUGAAAAGCCCAGAAUGUUAAUUUCGUGACGUUUGCCGAUGCCAAUGUUGCCUGUAUUUAUGAGAUGACCAUGUUUUCUGAAAACUAACAUACUUACCAUGUUUACAGAGAAUCGUUUGCUGUAUAUAAAUAUAUCUUUUUAUAGUUCUGUGCUUUGCACAAUCAAAAUAUAGGUUCGUUGCUUCGUCCAUGUUUUUCUCCCACCUGUUUCGGCAUUUUUUUUUAUUUAUUUUUUUUUCAGAUUAAACAUUUUCGAUGACCUUGGACUGUAAUGCUCAACAUUUCUCAGCUGUGUCAAAAUGGUUUACUAGUAGCUUCAAAAAAUAAAAGGAGUU